GAAAGACAUCAAGCUUCCGAAAUCCGAAUCCAUUUGGCACCUUACUUUUAAUCUACAACCAUCAAUUAGUCCGCCUGCGCGAGGUUUCAGUCACGAUGGCGAUUCCAUUCGAAGCCUUACUACCGUAUGCCGUCAUAGUCACCUUCUUUGGAAUCUCCGGAGCGGGCCUUCUACACGUUCAGCGCAUACAGAACGGAGGCAAGAAAGGAAGGAGAGGUGUUGAUCGAUGGGACAGCGUUCAUCUAGUGAUGCAACGCGAUCGACGAUUAACCGGUUUCCUUCGUGGCCAGACCGAUAAAGCAGCGGCCCCGGAAGGAUUCGAGUUCAACAAUGCUUGGAGGGUCGAGAAGCGCUUCUCCUGAAAGCUGCAUAAAGUUGCUACGCAUUUAGCCUAUGAUACAUGGAUACGGAGUUGGGGUUUUUAUGUGGCUGGUUGUCGAGGAAGCCGAUGCCUUGUACAUAGGGAGCAUACCCGAGGCCAUGCCAAUUGAAUGCAAUUACUCUGAAUACAUUUACCAGGUCCUCUUUUAGAACUAAGAUG